AUGAAGAAGACGGCGACUGUUCCAAUGUUGAGGCCUUUGGCACCACUGUAUCAGCCUCGUGGUCCUUGUGUUCGUCAGCAAAGGAUGGCAGGCCCAGUCCAGAGCAUCACCCGGGCAGAAAUCGACCAUUUCUGGAAAAGGAAGAAGCUGGAAGAAGAGGAACACCAGCUCGCCCAGGAGAAGGAGGCUGCAAGGAUCAGAGUCAGGACUCUCAAGCAAGAAGAAUAUGUGCUUUUUGAACAAAAUAUAAAAGGGAUUAUAGAAGGGAACUCUGAGAACGCGAUGGAUGGAGAGAUCACCAAUAACUGCGACGAGGAUGCCAGGAACAUUCAGAUGCGAAUUGGCAUCAAGGAUUGGUGGAGGAAAAGUAGCUGUGCAUAUCUAAAUGAACCAGCAGUAACAUCCAUGGAUGGUAACAGCGCUCCAAAGGAUACCACCACAUAUAUUCCACAGAAGAUACAUUUUAGGUGCUGCUCACAGACACACCAGAUAAGAGUAACUGCUAUUGGGAUCUUUUAAGCCGCUGAUACCAAGAAUAAUAUGAAUCAUAGAAACGCAUCUUGCUUAUGCGUCUGAACAUAAAUUUGAGUCUUCUGUUGUGUUUGACUGUUUGUCAAUAAUAAGAUUGAUGAGAA